AUGCUGUCCAAUCCGGGUGAGACAUCAUUUUUCAUCGCUAGUGCACCUGAACCACUGGGUAUUUAUGAGUUGGUUAAGAAAAUGCUUAGCUAUAAUUUUGCCGAUAGAGUACAGAUAUGUUUCCUUGUGGCCUUGUUUCAUCACCUUUGGUGCUUUUUCAAGUUUUGUAAACCGACCACAAUAUGGGAUCAUAAUUCAGAUUUGAAGCAAACAAAUGAUAUUGAUGAUUCAAAAGAGGCCAAUGGACAGAAUGGACAGAUUGGACAUUCCGAUCCAAAUCAACUUGACUCACUGCAACAAUCUUCACCACUUUCAACAGUUGAACAACCACAAGCUAGCACCAAUGUUUCCAGGAAUUAUGAACCCCACCUUGCCGCAGAACCUAAAGCCAUAACAGUCAAAGUUUCGAGGAAUACGCCAUUGAAAUCCAGUCAAAUCAAUGCUAUUGAGCCAGAGAUUGUUUUAAGUAAGAACCAUAGAGUUGCUACACCCGUAGUGGAGGGUUCACUGCAAGAAUAUUUUGGGAAUCGUAUUUUGGGGGAGGAGGAGGGGAGGGGGCCUCCUCAUGUUACCGAUGAUGCUCAAUCUAAAGUCCAAAGCAAUAUUUCAAGACACCAAGCAUCUGACGAGACCAGUCAUCACGCCACAUUGGCUGUGGUGAAUGACCGUAACCAUGAGGAUUACAGCAAGAAACCUAUUUCGGAGUUGAAAAAAGGACCUAAGCUGUCCCUUUUAAGAACUGUUGAUAAUAUCACUGAAGCUGAAGAAUUAAUGUCGGCUUCAAAUAAGAACCUUGUUGAGAAGACAAAUAAAGACACCGGUCCGAUCAAAGAAUUUUGCAAAUAUAUUGGAGAUUUUUAUAGGGGAAAACCAACUAACAAGAAAAUGAAAUUUGGUCUUGCCUUUCUUCGCUUGCUAUUUUGUUUGAUGAGACCUCUUGCUUAUUCGGUAUUGCUUUUUUUUUUGUGUUUCAUUUUUUUGGAAGUAGCUGCUUCGUGUCACUCUCUCAAAGAUAAGAUCAUUUGA